AUUUCCUCUUUCUCCACCCCAUCUCUCCAAAUCCCCUAUCUCUCUCUCUCUUCUGUUAAGCAGUUGGUUAGAUAGAUUUGAUGUUUCUUCUGGUUGCUGUUUCACUGGUUUGCUAAGGAAAAAGUGUGUGAAUCUUCUCACACUACAAUACUAUCUCAAACCCUCUUUGAGAUUGUAAGCUUGGUAUACUAUAGCCCUAAUGCAGGGGAAACAGAAUACCGUUGGUUCCCUCCAAGAAACUUUAGGCUUUAAUCAUGGUUCGACGCCUAGUGAAGGUGGUGUAGAUCAGCAGAUAUGUUGGAAUAAUUUGCAAAAUUCUGCACAGAAUCACCUGCCAGAUUAUAUGGUUUCUUCUAAUGCGACUAAUAUUCCAUUGUUCAAUCCUAUGAGCCAAGAGAGACAGAAUGUAACCAGGGGGAGUUUAGGAGAAUCCAGCUCCUCUAUUGCACCGAAUUGUGCAAGUCAGAGUGAACAGAAAGCAGAUCAUGGAUGGUCAUCCGCAAUGACUACAUAUCAUGGACCUUCACUGAUCUGUAACGAACAGCAAUGUGGGUCUUCUAACAUUAUGUCAUUGAAUGAUUUUUUUUCUCAAGGUUCUAGUUCUAGCACCAUUCCUCAUGAAAUCAACAGGAAUCCAGCAUUUGAGGGGUGCAGUGACAACGAUGACGAUGGCUGUCAAGUGAUGGAGUGUACUCCAUACAAUUCUGUUAGACCAGGAAAAGAGCGAAUGUCAUCUGCUUGUACUUAUUUAGGUAAUGGGUGUUCGACGGAUGAUAGUGGUGAUGGCAGGCUAGAAAGUUCUCCGGAUUCUAGGCGCUUUUGUAAGAGAAAAACACUUGAAGGAUAUCUAGCACAAUCUUCAGGAAGUGGAAGUUCUGAUUAUAUUCCUCUUGCUGAAAAUAGCAUAUGGCAUUCUGGACCUGCAUCACAUAGUAUGAGUACAGGUGCAAAUAUCUCUGCUCCAACAGAAAGUGUCAGAAGCAUCAAUAUGUCAGAGCAUGUGAUCCCAAGACUUGGGCUUACCAUGGGAGGAGCCGCUGCGGUAACUCCUGUUGGUACUCCGGCUUCAAGAAGUGCAGAAAGUUCUCAUAGAAAUUUCAGGGUGAGGUUUGAUGGCUCACUUCAGCAAGAUUAUCUUCCCAGUAAUAUCUUUCCUGAUGUGGAUAAUGUUGGAAAUGUUAAUCGGUCAUCUGAACAGCAAUUACCAGAGCUACUUCCUAAUACCCCUUUGGAUUUGAGGUCUGUGCCUGCUGCAGACAGUGGAAAUACUCAAAGGCAGCCUGUUGUAAUGCAUGUUUCUUCUCUGCAUCGAGGUGCACAGACUAGGUGGAGUUCAGCAUCAAGUUCCAGAACUGGCAGUUCAUCAAGUUCUGCUCGAGAGAGAAAUUCAGCAACAUUUGAAGAGCCUAACUCAAGAAGUGUGUCAAGAAACAUCUCACAACAUCCUAUGUUCAUACCUUCAACUAAUGGGAGAAACUUGAACCAAAAUCCUGCCAGCUUGAAUUUAGCUGGAAGAAAUGUUUCUGUUGCUGGAAAUGUCGCAUCCAGUUCAGGGGUCCACGCUUCUUCUCCUAAUAGAGUUCUCCACAGAUCUCCUCAAUAUCACCGGAGGCUGUCAGAAUUAGUUCGUAGAUCUUUGUUGUCUCCAGCUAGCACUGGAUCUGGAGGUGUUAAUAGUAAUAGUCGUCCACUACGUUUGAGUUCUCCUAUCUCACAGGAGAUGGCACUUCCUGGAAACCAUGAGCAUCGUACAUCGAGUUCAGUGGAGCGACAUCUUGAUGAUGCUAUAGGACUCUCCAAUUCCUCGAGGACUUUGGCUGCUGCACGGGAAGGAAGAAGUAGGCUAGUCACUGAGAUUCGCCAUGUGUUAGAUCUUAUGCGCAGGGGGGAAGGGCUAAGUGUUGAGGAUGUAAUGAUCCUUGAUCAGUCGGUCUUCUUUGGGAUGCCGGAUAUUCGAGAUCGCCACAGGGAUAUGCGUCUUGAUGUUGAUAAUAUGUCAUACGAGGAGUUAUUGGCACUCGGAGAGCGCAUUGGGGAUGUUUGCACCGGGCUAAGUGAGGAAACUAUUUCAAGUCGUUUGAAGCAGCGCAACUUUAUUAGCAUAAAAAGAGAACAACCCGAGGAAGCAGAACCAUGCUGCAUAUGCCGGGAGGAAUAUAACAACGGAGAUGGUCUUGGAACACUAGAGUGUGGACAUGAUUUCCAUACAGACUGCAUUAAGCAAUGGCUCAUGCAGAAGAAUUUAUGCCCGGUAUGCAAGACGACGGGGCUUACUACAUGAGAAAGAACCAUAUUCUUUGAAAAUAUUUGAAUUGGAAGGGGAGUUUGUUCUAGAGAUGAAAUUAGCGCUAGCUGCAUUAGACAUUUAUUUAGAACAAAAUUUACAUUAUGGUUUUCUGGAAUUUUACAUUUGCUUUUACAAUUAAUUGAAUCACCUUUUGGAAUA